CGCGGAAGGGUUUCAGUGUUACACAGGUUUCCUUAACCACACCGCUUGCAUUUUACCGGUAACCUUAUAACGGGAGAGGUGGAGUUACGUGUUUCGGCAUUAAACUGGUCUUUCCAACCGUACUUUAAUUGUACGUUUUGUUUUUUAAAGGCAUUUUAAUGGCUAGGCAUCCUGCACUUUCAUUCAUUCCCAAGAGGUGUGAUUGUGCGUUAUUCGUUCGCUGACAUUAAUCCACUUGAAUUGACAUGUGAUUUAUCUUCGCAUCAGAUUCCCCGAGAGCAGCGCACCGGCACGGAAAUGGCAGACUCAGUCGCGCACAAGAACGGGAGGCAACGCAAAACCGUGUCCUUGGAUAUGAAACUCAGCGAUGGCAAGUUCGGGACGGAGGAAGAGGUUCUGCUGGACGAGUCUGACCGAGCGGAAGGGCACCCGAGGGCACGGAAAGGCCUGAGAGCGGAACUGGGGAACGUGUCGUUGCUGUUGUUCCUCUACGUGUUGCAGGGGAUCCCACUGGGGUUGGCUGGGAGCAUACCUCUCAUUCUACAGAGCAAAAAUGUCAGCUACACGGACCAGGCUUAUUUCAGCUUCGUCUUCUGGCCUUUCAGCCUCAAGCUGCUCUGGGCGCCUUUGGUGGACGCCGUGUACUUUAAGACGUUCGGCCGCAGGAAGUCCUGGCUGGUGCCCACCCAGUAUCUCCUGGGCGUCUUCAUGCUGUAUUUGUCGACGAAGGUGGACUCUCUGCUGGAGAGCGAUGGCCAGAAGGGCCCGCACAUUGUGACCAUCACCGCCGUGUUCUUCAUGUUCGAGUUCCUGGCCGCCACUCAGGACAUCGCUGUGGAUGGCUGGGCGCUGACCAUGUUGUCCCGGGAGAACGUGGGAUACGCCUCGACCUGCAACUCCGUCGGACAGACGGCGGGGUACUUCCUGGGAAACGUGCUCUUCCUGGCUCUGGAGUCUGCGGAUUUCUGCAAUAAAUACCUUCGGUUUGAGCCGAAGCCCAAAGGGAUUGUCACUCUCUCAGACUUCUUGUUUUUUUGGGGUAUUGUUUUCUUGGUGACCACGACACUGGUGGCUAUCUUGAAGAAGGAAAACAAUAAAAAGUCCAAGCCCAAGGAGGAGACGCAGGGAGUCCUGGAAACCUAUGAACAUCUCUUCUCAAUUAUCAAGAUGCCAACAGUUCUGACAUUCUGUGUUCUUCUGCUCACUGCUAAAAUGGGCUUCUCUGCUGCAGAUGCUGUCACUGGACUCAAGCUAGUAGAAGAGGGAGUCCCUAAAGAGCAGCUGGCCCUGCUGGCAGUGCCGAUGGUCCCCCUGCAGAUCCUGCUGCCCUUGAUCAUCAGCAAGUACACAGCAGGCCCUCGCCCACUGGACAUUUUUUACAAAGCCUUUCCUUUUAGGUUACUGAUUGGACUGGGGUUUGCUUUGCUGGUGUGGUGGACUCCCAGUGUAAAGCAAGAGGGAGGAUUUCCUGUCUAUUACUACAUUGUGGUCCUCAUAAGUUAUGCUGUACACCAGGUUGCUUUGUACAGCAUGUAUGUGGCUGUCAUGGCGUUUCAUGCUAAAGUCAGCGAUCCAGUGAUUGGUGGGACAUACAUGACUCUCUUGAACACUGUGACCAACCUGGGAGGAAACUGGCCUUCCACCCUGGCGCUGUGGCUCGUGGACCCGCUCACGGUGAAGGAGUGCCAAGGAGCGGAAGGGCAGACCUGCGGGUCUCCCGAAGAAGCAGGGCUGUGUGCAAAAGUUGGAGGCUCCUGUGUAACCGUGCUGGAUGGCUACUACGUGGAGUCUAUAGUCUGUGUUGUCAUUGGCUUUGGUUGGUGGUUCUGGCUGGGGAAGAAGAUGAAAAGGCUGCAGGAGGAAAGGCCGUCGGCCUGGCAGUGCAGGACAGCUAAAUGAUCGGACGCCUGUCCUGUCAUCAUCGUGGUCGUGCUGCCACUGCAGGUGCAGGGUGGGCUCCAGUGACUUUCACCCUCGAAAUAAGAGCUAAAUCUAGGUAGCUUUCUUACUCUUCACUGCAGCGUCGAUUCAUCGUUCAAUAGGAUAAGGGAUGAGAACUGGUACUAUGAAAUUAACUUCCUGCUGGCAAGGUUGAGCAAGUCACAUAUUUCUAUGCUAACUACUAUGCUUAACUAAAGAAGAACACUCUGCCACUGCUUUCAAAAGAUGUCGUUUUUAUUUUCUUGUAACAUGUGCCUUUUUUAAAAGCAUGCGUUUUAGCCACCCGUUUUGAUAACGGAUGAACAUCUGUGAAAUCAUUUACCUGUUACAUCAACCUUCACAAGGUUCUGUUCACAAUUGAAAACUUUGAAAAGUGUAUGCAUCACAUCUAGUCAUACAUAAUAUAUAUAUUUUUGUAUGGUUCAUUGAUUAAAAAAAGCUUUAUCUGGUUGAUCUAAUCUGAUGUCAUCCAGUCGUGUGUAAAGUGAUAAAUUCACAUUAUGAAACAGAUUGUAGAUUAUAAAAACAUUUGUAACAACAAGAUGUCGUUCUUAAAAAGUUUGAUUUUUGUCUACAAUUUGCAGUAUUGCUCGCUGUUGAUGCAGAUCAAGAAGACUAGAGGGUGAAGGAUACAGAUUAAACCUGAGGCAGACCCUGAUAGCAACAAAAUUAAUGUUGGAAUUUAUAUUGAAGUACUUGGUUCCUUUUAAAUGAUUAAGUUUGUACAAUCUUUUCUUUUAAAAGUUUAGUUCUGAGAUUUUUUUGAAUGGGUCUUCACGUUUCCCAAAUUACCCAUAUGAGAUUGUAGGGUUUUUUAGUUUAUAAAAUGUGUGUUCAAUAGGAGGUCUUAAUGUUGUGGUCACUUGGUUAACAAUGUAUUCUUUCUGUGUCAAAGCUGACAUUGCUGUUCAGAAGUGGCUUUGAUGGUGAUUCAUUCAUAUGCCUUCUCUUAAGGAUACAAUGAGAUGGUUUGUGCUCAACUACAACAGCCAAACUGGACUGCGUUUUCAGUUGUUGAAUAUCUGAUUUAUCUGUAUGUGAGAACACAACUUUAUGUUGUGUGUUCUCACAUACAGGUGAUUGGUAAAUAGUAGAUUUUUUUUAUUGGGAUAUUUCCUGAAGUUAUAUUGGCUGCAGUCUUGCAAACUGAGCUCUUCUAUAGAUGGUUAAAAGCAGUGGUUCAGCGUCAAAUUCCUGCUCUUGGAAAAUGGGCCAUGGUGAUGGCAAUGGCAUUGUUAUCAUGUUGAAUCUUGAGCACAGUGUUUAACAGGUUAGUUUUUUUCUGUGGUGAAGAUGGUCUAUUCUGUAAUUAAAACUCCAUACAAAGAACAUAGUAAUUGUACAGUAUAUGCAUUGUAUAUACAGUAUGCCACACUGUAAACAGUUCUAAGAAACUUUUGUAUCAACAUUCCUGAGAUGUAAUAUUACAAAGAUUUAAUACAGUACAUAUCCUAUAUGUAAUAAAAUAUGAAUCUGU